UUCAAGUCGAUAUCACAACUAAAUAAGCCCCAAUUCAAAUAGGUCACGCCAAAAGACAUUUACCCCUGUGAAAAAUAUAACAACAGCAAAACAAACGAUAAUGCACCACGUGCUGAGGUCGCGUCGUUUACCCACGGAUCCCAGCAUCCUUAUGAACUGGGUAAAUGCUCUGAUUGAAAGUGACUUUUGUUCUCUGGAGGAUCUGCGCAGCGGUAUUGUCUGGUGCCACUUGCUUGAGGCUAUAUACCCCGGCUCCAUUGAUCUGGAAUCCCUGGAAGCGGACAAGAUGGGUUGGCAAUGGAACUACCGAGUGUUAAAGAGGGCUCUCAAUAAUUUGGGAUUAUAUCCACACAUUAAUGUGCAUGAAUUGGUCUCGGGUCGAGUUGGGGACACCAUAUAUCUUCUGCACUUCUUUAUCGACGUGUUUACUGUGAUUUUGGGAAGAAAAAUUAAAGACAGGGAGCACCACUCCAGCAAGGAGCCGAGGAAUUUUAAGAGUUCGUCAACAAUUGAGGUCAUUGUGCAGUGGUUCAAGAGCUUCUUUGUGAAGGAGAAGGAGAAAGGACCGGAGGAGGAGGAGUCAGACGAGAAGCGCCAGCUGGAAUUUCAUCGCCAGGCGCUUCUACUGCUCUUCCUACCGAUUCCGGAUGGAUGCUCUCCCGUUUCCACCGAGGAAAUGGUUCGCCGACUUGGCGACCGAAACUUCUGGCCGGAGCAAGAUGAUCGAAAUCAUCCGAGUGCGGAGCGAUUGGCGGCUUAUCGACGACAAAAGAACGAGGAUCACCGGAUACUGCGAUCUUUGGUGGAAUCCUGCAUGCAUCUCCGGCGUGGCAGGCAAUUGAUGGAACAACUUUGGCUGGCCAGUCUCAAGGAGCAUCCCGCUAAAUAGGAUUCUCAUCCUGCGACCUUCUCCACCUUUCAUUUCUGCGUGUCCUUUCCGGCUGUCAGCUGUCCGACACUUAAUACACGUCUUAAUAAGGUU